AUGUUGGAGUUUGGAGAGUUAUUAGGUACUUUCUUUAUAGGAGAUUAUAUACCUUGGCUUAAUUGGUUGGGAAAGGUUAAUGGUUUUUAUAGCAAGGCAGAAAAAGUGGCUAAACAUUUGGAUGAAUUUUUUGAGGAAGUAAUUGAGCAGCACAUUAGUGGUAAAAGAUCUGAUGGACAUGUUGGUGAGGAAAGCAAUGAUUUUGUGGAUAUUUUGCUUUCAGUUCAAAAGAGUAAUGCUGCUGGCUUCUCAAUUGAUAGAACUGCAAUUAAGGGUUUGUUACUGGACAUGUUUGCUGCUGGAACUGAUACCACAUACACAGUCCUAGAAUGGGCAAUGACAGAACUAUUAAGACACCAAACUGUGAUGCAUAAAUUGCAAGAUGAGGUCAGAAUUGUGGUUGGCAACAAAACUCAUGUAACUGAAGAGGAUUUGGUUAACAUGAAUUACUUGAAAGCUGUGAUCAAAGAAACUCUUCGCCUACAUGUCCCGAUUCCGUUACUAGUCCCUCGGAAAUCAAUGGAAGACGUCAAACUAAAUGGCUAUGACAUUGCAGCUGGAACACAGGUAAUAGUGAAUGCUUGGGCAAUUGCAAGAGACCCUUCAAGUUGGGAAGAACCUCUAGAGUUUAAACCAGAAAGGUUUAUGAACAGUUCAAUAGAUUUUAAAGGACUGGACUUUGAACUUAUCCCAUUUGGAGCAGGAAGGAGGGGUUGUCCUGGAGUGUUAUUUGCCACUGCUGUAAAUGAAUUGGUGCUAGCAAACCUUGUUUACCAAUUUGAUUGGAAAUUGCCUGAUGGAGUAGCAGGGGAGAAUUUGGACAUGUCUGAAGUUGUUAGCUUUACUUGUCAUAGAAAAUACCCCCUCCUUGCAAUAGCUACCAAAUAUGAGAAAAAAUGAAUAAACAAACCAUAGGAAAACAUAAGCCAAAUAAAGAUGUGUUAUGUUUUGUAUUAAGUGAUUGUGUUCAAGUUUGCCACUUUCUGCAUGCAAUUUUGUACAAGACUCUGUAAUUGGAAAGGUUGCCAAAUUUGUAGUUUAUAUUAGAUAGAUAUUAAUUAUAAAAAAUUAC